AUGGCGACUCCAACAGAGGAAACCAAAAAAUUUAUAAUAACACGAGAAGAUAGAGAAGCUGCGGAAACAUUAAUAGCACUAAGGCGAGAUAUACGAUAUCAGGUAGACAAUUCCAUGGAAACCCUAAUGAUUAUUCAGGCAUGGAACCGAAGUGAGCCCAACCCUAGGGAGAAUAUACCCAAUGGUGAUGUUGACUUGGUGGAGCCUUUCAGUAAACCGAUUAAGAAGCAGCUGACGGUGAGUGACGUGAAGAAGGAUCUAUGUAGGCUCAUGUUAGGGAAGGAUCAAGUGAAGAAUAAGACAAGUCCUCUUUUAAAUGCUUCUGAGAUUCAGCGAUUGACAGAAGGGCUUAACGUUUCGGUGUACGGACGUAGCGAAAAAGGUAUGUUGGUUCAGAAUAAUAUGACAUUCAAGAUGUGGUGCAAGGGCACGCCUGUGUUGACUUCGGGAUGGAAAACGUUCGCAGAAACAUGUGAUCUCAAGGAGCAUUGUGAUUUUCUACAUAUUUGGAUGUUUAGGAAGAGAGACACUCGUGAGAUUUGCUUCGUUAUUCAGAAGGCUACGCAUUCUACUAUAACGAAACCGCUGGGUAAGGAGAUUUUGGACCAAAUUAAUUAG